CCUUCUAUUCUCACCCCCAAAUGGGGAGAGCGACUCAAAACAACACAUCAAAACCCUAAUUUCCAUGAAAAGCUGACCAAUCAGCAAGAACAAUUAUGGAUUUCUCAUCUCUCACAGAAGCUCAGCAACAACAGCUCCAACAGCUCCAACAACAAUUUCUGGAACACCAACGCCAACAACAACAACAGGAACAAGCCCAACAACAACAACAGCAGCAGCAAAUUCAAAACUAUGCUUCACAGUCCUAUGAUCCAUCUCAGGUUGUUCAAUCCUAUGAUCAAUCUUAUUAUCCAUAUUACCAAUACCAAGACCCACAACAAUCACAACACUCGCAACCACAACCACCGCAAUCGCAACAACAAUACGCCUAUUACCAAUCCGAUUCCACCAAUGAGUAUCAGCAACAGCCACAACAUCAACAUUAUUCACAGCCCGAAUUGGCACCGGUUCAUCCUCCGGGGGUUUCAAUUCCGCACGAAGCGCCGCCCCAAUCCGGUGAAUCUGGUGGCGCAGCGGCGGUUUCAGGGCAGGGGCAAGUUCAGGUGCAGCACCAGCAGAGUGCUUAUUAUCCGCAACAAGCGCCGCCGGUUGGGGAGCAGCAGAUUUCGGGAUACCCAGUUCCGGUCGGACUGAAUGCGGCCGCUGCAGCUGCCGUGGCAGCAUUGUCGCAAUUGACUCAAUUUGCUGGGACUAUGGAUGCCGCGGAGAGGGCGAUGGCGGGGUUUCAGGAGCGGCAGUGGCACGGAAGAGGUGGGGGAUAUGGGAUGAAGAUGGAUCCGGGGCCGAUGAUGGGGCCUGGGCCGAUGCAUCAUGGACGGGGGCCAAUGCAUCCGCCGGUUGGUCGGUCUCCAUACAGGGGUGGCGGUAGAAGGGGUGGUGGGCAAUUUAGAGGUGGUGGCCGGGGAAAUUUUGGCAAUCGCCCUCCCAGGUCAGGUGGCUUAGGGCCACCAUUCCGUGGGAAAGGACGUGGUCGGGGCAGGGGUGGUCCUAGGGGCUCUGCACCACAUGAUGCAACGUCAUCUUCCAAUCCAGAACCUUCAGCUGAAGAGGAAGAAUUAACAGAAGAGGCAGAACCUUCAGCUGAUAAUCAUGAAGAGGAACUCCAAGAUGCAGUACCUACUGAGACAUCUGCACUGGUGCAGGGAAGUGCAGUUCCUAACCGGCCACAUCCACAAGUUGCAUGGUGUGAAUUAUGUAGGGUUGAUUGCACUAGCUUGGAAAUCCUUGAGCAGCACAAGAAUGGAAAGCGACACAAAAAGAAUUUGCAAAGGUUUGAAGAGUUGAAAAGUGCUAGCAAACCUGUCACUGAGAAUGAGCAAAAACCUGUUUCUGAUUUGAAUCCUGAAGCGACUUUGCAGCCAGAAAAUGUCCGGGAGGGUGAAGAGAACAAGGAGACUCUGCCAGCAAAUUUACCAAAUGGAGGUGUUACCGAUGAAAAUAAAGUGGAGAAUGAACAGUCCAAUGUCCAAGCAAGGAGGCCUUCGAUGAAUCGCUUUGACAAUCAGAGGCGUGGAAUGAAACGGAAGAUGAGAGGUGGCCGUGGAGGGAAGCGCAUGAAAACUUCUGAUACACCAAGGUGGCCAGUUGAACCUCCUAAACCUAAAGUGGUGAUUCCCUUGAUCUGUGACUUGUGCAAUGUCAAGUGUGAUACACAGGAGGUUUUUGACCGCCAUCUCGCUGGUAAAAAACACAUUUCUAAGCUCAAACGAUUUGAAGGUCACCAAGCUAUGUAUGGGCCAAUGGGGCUUCAGGCUCUUUACCCUCCUAACCCUAUCGCGCAAAGUUUAUUACUUCCUCAAGGUCCUCAACAAGCUUUUUAUGGUCAUCAGGGCUCAUAUCCUCCUCCAGGGGCUUAUAUGCCUCCUCAAGCUCAUAAUGGAGCACCUGCUGCAACAUUUACAGGUUCUGGAUUGAAACAAGAUCCCAACCCUCAAGUGUCAGAAGCCAGCGCUCAAUUUGCUGGCCAGGAAGCUGUACCCAAAGCUCAGCCGCAGUCAGCCUUACAGACAAAAUCCGUAAAUGGUGCUCCGGAAUCUGAAGGCAUGGGUCUAAAUACUCCACUGGACUAUGUAGCUACAGAAGGGACUUGACAUGCAAACAAAUGAGCUAGCUGUGUGUGGGACAUGUUGCAGCAGAUUAUUUUGUGCCCUAUUUGGUUUCUCUGUGCAAAAAAUAACUUGUUUUUGGUUGUUUUCUUGGUCCUGUUGGUUUCAUAUGAUGGUUAUUAUUUUUUGUUUCCGGUGGUCAAUGUUCUACCUCGUGGUUUUAACUUAAUGAAAUGCCGACAAUUUUCUUUGAA